CAACUGGAAUGUCACGUUUCGCAACUGUAUGUUUUGUAACUGCAGUUCUGGAUGGGUUUGUCGAUCUGGUUCAAGUUUAUCAGGGCAUUGAUAUUUCGUUACAGUACGAGUGUACCUAACUGGCUUUUAACUCUCAUACCGUGCAAAUGUGUUGUACUGUCAUACCCACAUCAAUUCAUUAACUUUUCUGAUUGUAGCAGAGUCGUUUUUAUGUAUUUAGCAGUAUUAUUAAAUAUUUAUCACUACAGUAUUGAUUGCCCUUACACUUAAGCUUACUUUUAUCGCACUACGAGGCACUUAUUCCUUGCCGGUUUUUAUUUCUUUCGGAGUGCAGCGUGCCGUGUGCGCUACAUUUAUAAUCUGCCCGCACAUAUGAGCACUUAAUUGUUGUUCGGUUAAUAAAAUUUGCUACCGUAGAUAAUAAUAUUUUAGCUGCAGUAGCAAUUAUGCAAAAUCUAUCAUGGUGAAUGAUUAGACGAAUCUCGACUGCUUCUGGUGUUUUGUCUUGCUACAAAACGUGACCGCGCACAUUUUGUAGCAAGCAUAUAUCUUAGAAUGGAUUCGGAAUUAGCCGGACCGGAAUCCACCGGCGGAAAGAACUGGAAGGGCAUCGGAAUCGCGCUCUUGGUUAUCGCUGUCAUCUGCGCACUGGUCAUUUUGGCUAUAACGUUACUAGCACCGUCACACGAGGAGCAUUUUCGAGACGGAAUACCAUUAGCUAUUCAUGAGGUGACGGACGGAAGUCUGUCGGCGUCCUACCGCGACGUGCAGUGGCUAUCAGGUCAUGAACUGCUCUUCCAGUCAGAGACCAACCAAUCAAUCAUAUUACUUGAUCUGCAAAACAAUACCAAAUCUUUGUUAGUGGAUGUUAAAACAAACGACAAGAUUAACUCUUACUUGGUAUCACCAUCCAGGCGGUACCUUUUAUAUUCGCAAGAUCCACUAAAGGUCUAUCGGCACACACAGAAAGCCUUCUACAAAGUUUUUGAUUUGCACUACCACGCCUUCCCUAACGACUCACGGGAAGUUGGCCCGGAGGCUGUCUCUCUUCCUGUCAGACUGCAAUAUGCUAAGUGGGCUCCCAGCUCCGACAAACUGGUCUUUGUAUAUGAGAAUGAUGUUUAUUUUAUGAACUAUACGCAACCAAACAAUCCCGUCCAAAAACGGCUAACAUCCACUGGAUCUACCGACGAAAAUGAAGUGGUCGUAUAUAAUGGAAUCCCUGAUUGGCUAUACGAAGAGGAAAUUCUAAGCCAAGACAAUGCAAUAUGGUGGUCGCCCGAUAGCCGAUAUAUUGCAUUUUUGAGUUUUAACGAUACUUUGGUGGAGACAUUCUCGUUUGAUACCUAUGGCGGGGAUUCUAUGCUGCAACAAUACACCAACAGCACAAAAAUACGGUAUCCAAAGGCGGGACAUCGAAACCCAACUGUACAAUUACACAUCGUGGACACUGAAAAACCGUUAUCGGAAAUGUCCACAAAUACGGCAAUACCGCCGCCGGAUAAGAAUUCCGGCUUUGAAUUUGAUGAUUAUUACAUCACAUCCAUGACAUGGCUGUCAGCUAAUUCUUUAUUUGUCCGCUGGACCAAUCGACACCAGAAUGUGUCCCUGCUGUCGCAGUGUUCUCCAGAACAAAUGCGCUGUACAAAAAUUUCCAUCCAGAAAGCUGAAGUCGGUUGGUUAGAUGACAGUGAGCCGAAACCUGUAGACGCUGGACGUCAGUUUUUAAUGAUUUCACCCAAUUUCCAAAAUGCCGACCCGCAAAUGCACAGAACAAUAUGCACCUAUAAUGUGCCCAUGCAGGCCGAUGUGCGACCGUCAUGUUUGACCUUUGAUUACGAUAUUUUGAGUAUUCUGGCUGUGCACAACACGUCCCCCCUAACACUGUACGUUUCCGCCACCUACGACCAUCCAAGAAACCGGCACCUGCUGCAGAUUAUCGGCAACAAUGCCACCUGCCUAACAUGUCGGCUGCAGUCAAAUUGUACAUAUUUCGAGGAUAUUAGCUUCAGUCCCGACAGUCAGGAUCAUUUCGUCUGGAAUUGUCGUGGCCCCAAUGCCCCUUAUUCCCAAGUGUGGCGGCUGAAUGACCUGCUGAACGCAACGGAAACCACGCUGCCGCUGGAUGUGCUGAAAUCCAAUACAGCACUGCAGAAUCGGCUUAAUCGUCGGGCACUUCCACAUCGGAAAUAUGUGGAAUACGACAUUCCUGCUGCGCCGCAUGGACCAAAAGCCCAAGUGGAACUGCUCCUUCCGCCGCGACUUGUGGAGUAUGCCGACAAGCGCUAUCCACUGCUGAUCAAGGUGUAUGCCGGACCUGGAUCCCAGGAAGUCCAUUCGCGUUACCGCAUGGAGCUGGAAGAAUUUCUGGCCAGUGCCCGUGAUGUGGUGGUUGCUCGCAUUGAUGCGCGCGGGAGUGGAUACCAAGGUCAUCGCCUACAAGCGUCCGUGUAUAAAAAUCUGGGUGUCGAUGAAGUUAAAGAUCAGCUAGAAAUUAUCAAAAAAGUUCUAGAGCAGUUUAGCUACCUGGAUCCAUCCCGGGUCGGGAUAUGGGGAUGGUCUUACGGAGGUUAUGCAAGCGCACGAGCAGUGCUUUUCGACAACGUGCAAUUACUGAAAUGCGUAGCGUCAGUGGCUCCUGUGACCGACUGGAGGUUUUAUGAUACCGCUUAUACUGAGCGCUACAUGGGACUUCCGGCCGAGAACAAGCAUGGUUACGACAAAUCCAAUUUAAUGUCUGCUAAUUUUGACACGUUGUACUGGCACUUUGGCAGAACGUCCUUCCUGCUAGUCCAUGGAACUGCCGAUGAUAAUGUGCACUUUCAGCAAGCCGCCCAGUUCUCUAAAGCCUUAAUGAAAUCCGACGUGCUUUUCAAAACACAGGUGUAUCCAGACGAAGACCAUGGAAUAAGAAAACUACGGUCCCAUUUGUACCACACGCUGGUUGACCACUUUUUAACUUGCUUCGGUGACGGAAUGUCGCACGAAAAAAGUGAUGAAUGACUUAAUCAAAACGUCUUGAAAGAACCGGAAGCACGAAACUGCCACACACGCCCCUGUGCAUGGCCAAUUAUCCAUAAUUAGGCUUCCAUAUUUUUUGUUACGAGUACGGAUUGUUGAUGCCCGAUCUGUCGAUAUUGGGUUGGCUUGCAAAUUAUCUGUGAUUCUUUCUUGGUAUUUGACGUACAGUAUGUAAUAAUGGAUAGUGCAGCUACCAUGUCCUUCAUUUCAAAAAGAACAAUGUUUGUUAGUAAAGAAAUUAUUAUACUGUAGUAAAAGAAUAAAGGACAAACGAAAUAUG